GCUGGAUGCUCACUCGAUCCUUCUCCUUCAUCCUUCUCUGGACCUAGAGCCCAGCUGCUGAGACCACGCGUCUCGCUGGACCGGUUCGGUUGCGCACCCCAUAGCGCCCGCACUCUCUUUCUCUCUUCCCAUUCCUUCUCUUCACCCCAUUCACUAUGGCCCGUGGCCCCUCUAGGAACAGCCUGGGCCCCCAGUGGCUGCCUCUCCUGCCUCUGCUGUUUUUGCUGCUGCUGUUUUGGAAUGCCGGUGACAGCCACAAGACCCUAGCUCAGUCCUCCUGGUCUGGGGUCACCAGUGGCCUGGCUGCAAACAAGAACUCCCAGUGGUCCCACGGGGACAUGGAAGCGGCCGCCUCUCUGGGCCCUGGAGACCAAGACAUGGUCGCUGGCCACAUGCUAAGGCUUUAUGAGAAGUACAGCCGAAGGGGCACAAGGCCUGGAGGGGCCAACACAGUUCGCAGUUUCCGGGGUCGCUUGGAAGUGGUCAACCAGAAAGCUGUGUAUUUCUUCAACUUGACUUCUAUACAGGACUCAGAAAUGAUCCUCACAGCCACAUUCCACUUCUACUCAGACCCCAAGUGGCCCCAGGCACGUGAAGCAACCUGCAAACAGCGGGCCAAGAAUGCAUCCUGUCGCCUGCAUCCCCCUGGCUCGCACUUACGCCAACACCUGCUCUUCCACAGCCUCUCUCAGAACACAGCCUCACAGGGGCUACUUCGGGGGGCCAUAGCUCUGGUACCUCCACUGCAGGGCCUGUGGCAGGCCAAGGACAUCUCCACCAUUGUAAAGGCUGCCCGCCAAGAUGGUGAGCUGCUCCUCUCUGCUCACCUGGAUUCUGGAGAGAAAAGCCUGGGGUUACCUAGGACCAGUCUUCUUGCACCCUACAUCCUCAUCUAUGCCAAUGACUUGGCCAUCUCAGAGCCCAAUAGUGUGGCAGUGACACUACAGAGAUACGACCCCUUCCAGACUGGAGAUCCAGAGUCUAGUGCAGCCCCUAACAGCUCGAUAGACCCCCGAGUGCGCCGAGCUACAGAGGCUAAUGGGCCCAUUCAGAACAAUGAACUGCCAGGGUUGGAUGAGAAACCAGCCCAUGAGCCCCAUCCCCAGCAGUACCACAAACAUGAACUCUGGCCCAGCCCAUUCCGAGCACUGAAGUCCCGGCCUGGCCGUAAGGACCGCAGAAAGAAGGGUCAGGAGCAGUUUUUGGCUUCCACACCAGUACUAGACUUUGAUGAGAAAACCAUGCAGAAGGCCCGGAAGAAGCAGUGGAAUGAGCCACGGGUCUGCUCGAGGCGGUAUCUGAAGGUGGACUUUACAGACAUUGGGUGGAAUGAGUGGAUCAUCUCGCCCAAAUCCUUUGAUGCCUACUACUGCGCCGGAGCCUGCGAGUUCCCCAUGCCCAAGAUUGUCCACCCGUCUAACCAUGCUACCAUCCAGAGCAUCGUCAGGGCUGUGGGUAUUGUCCCUGGCAUCCCAGAGCCUUGCUGUGUUCCUGACAAGAUGAACUCCCUUGGGGUCCUCUUCCUGGAUGAGAACCGGAAUGUGGUCCUCAAAGUGUAUCCCAACAUGUCAGUGGAAACAUGUGCCUGUCGGUAAGAAGAGCCACUCUGGGGUCACAGGAAGUCUCUUACCCAGCCUUUGCCCGAGAAUUCAGCACCCACGAGGCCCUUCUGCAAUGGCGGCUUGAUGAAGGGUAGACCUGAAAAACAGAACAGAAACUACACAUCACCUUUCUGGGCUACACAAAGAUCUUUUCUCUAGAACAUUGUACUGUGGACUUCUGUUGUUACAUCAUAACUCCCUAAAUGCUGAUAUGAAUCUUAACACUCUGAAGGAAUCUGGAAUCAGCCUUGGCUGACCACUACUAUCAUCAAUUUAUCACCUCAGAGAAGGCUUAGGGCAAUAAUCCCUUUAUGUGGAAAGAAGUUGUUUAAAUAAUUGGUUUAAAGCAAUUUGGAUUCAUAUUGAAACUGGAA